AUGUUGAGCUCGUUCGUGCAGAAGUUCAUUGAGCAGUCUCCUCUCUCGGUGAGCAGCGACAACCGUCCGUCCAAAGCGGCUCUCUUUCGAGAGCAGUUCAGACUUCCUGCUGGGCAGAAUCCCCUCCACGAGAUCACGGCCGAACUGUUCCUCCCCCUCCCCUCGUCUGCGGCUGGGGGCCCCAUCACAUCUGGCGAGAAGUCCAGCGACAACGGCAACAAAUAUGUCGGAGAACUACACCUAAGUGAGCACUUCCUGUGCUUCUCGACCAUCCGGACGAGUUUCCUGCCUACCGCCAGCCAUGCUUCGUCCACUUCCUUUACGGGUCCGACCCAGGGCGCCGGCCCGGGGGGCCAUGGCUUCACCCUGCCCUUGUGCUCGAUUCGGCGAGUCGAGAGACUGAACAGCCAUCACGACAAGUUCUCCCUGGCCCUCACCACGUUCGAGUCCGUACAGAAGCCCACUACAGAAAAGACCAAGGCACUAUACCCUCCUCCCCGCAAACUGAUCCUCACCCUCGACGGAAGCCGCAAUGCCUGCGAACGUUUUUGCGAUGGGCUGAAAAAGGGUCUUAGGGAGGGUAUGAAAGAGGUGGACAGUCUGCGCCUCGUUGUCUCGCAGUGCUACUCUGAAUACCUGCUUGACCCGAGCCGGCUGAAGGCCAAAGAAGAGGGAACCACUCCGCCUGAGCCGCCUGAUACCGGUCUGGGGAUGCUGUUCAAAUACCCUGGCGACGCUAGGAAGCUGAGAGACAGGAGCAAAAUCCGGCUUUGGGGCGAGUACCUGCGAGAGAAUGGCCGAAAUGCCACGAUUGUUCGGCAGCCGACAUUUCACAAGCUCAUCCGUGUCGGCUUGCCCAACCGGCUGCGAGGUGAGAUAUGGGAGGUCAGCUCCGGGUCCUUCUACACGAGACUACGAAACCCCAACCUCUACGGCAAAACUCUGGCAAAGUUCACCGGAAAGGAAUCUCUGGCCAUCGAUGAGAUCGAGAAGGAUUUGAACCGCAGUCUCCCGGAAUACCCCGGCUUUCAGAGCGAAGACGGCAUUGGCCGACUCCGACGUGUACUGACUGCCUACAGCUGGACGAACGAGGAAGUGGGCUAUUGUCAAGCCAUGAACAUAGUGGUGGCCGCCCUUCUCAUCUACAUGUCUGAGGUCCAGGCAUUCUUCAUCCUCGGCGCAUUGUGUGACCGACUUCUCCCCGGAUACUACUCCAAAGACAUGUACGGCACGCUCUUGGAUCAGCGAGUCUUCGAAAACCUCGUGGAAAGAACGAUGCCAAUCCUCUGGGAGCACCUGGUCAAAUCGGACGUUAACCUCUCCGUUGUAUCACUACCCUGGUUUCUGUCGUUGUACAUAAAUUCUAUGCCCCUCGUCUUUGCAUUUCGAGUCCUCGAUGUCUUCUUCCUGGAGGGCCCAAAAGUACUUUUCCAGAUUGGCCUGGCAAUCCUGCGCAUCAACGGAGAAGAACUACUCGAUGUCAGCGAUGACGGCUCCUUCAUUUCGAUACUGAAGAACUACUUCUCGAGGCUGGACGAGUCAGCCCAUCCGCAUUCGGAGAACGAGAAGCUGAGGGCCAUUACUCGGUUCCAAGAACUGAUGGUCACGGCUUUCAAGGAAUUCGCGGGCGUCACGCACGCGAGUGUCCAAGAGCUGAGAGAAAAGCAUUUUGACGGUGUCAAGGAGGGCCUGGCAACGUUUGCUAAGCGCACAUCGAUACGCAACCUUGGCCCUGAAAGCAAGAAACUGAGUGCAGAAGACCUCAGCGCCAUCUACGAUAGAUUCUUCAGCGUCCUGGCCGAUCGGCAGGGGCGGGCGAAAGCGCGUGAGGAAGAGAGGAGGAAGUUACAGGACCAAAGGACUCGCCCGGGCCUCUGGACGCAGCAUUCGUCGCGAAACAACGACGAGCCGGCACGGAAUGCGCCACCGCUCCAGACAAUGGACUAUGAUGCCUUCAGGGAGUUCCUCGCCAACACAGCCAAAUGGGCAGUCACCGACUCCCCCUCAUCACCAGGCAAGGAUGUCACGAGCUCGAAUCAGAGUCAAAGAAAUCGCAGCAGGACCUUAUCACAGUGGGGUGCAGGGCCAGAACCGGCCGACCAUGACUUCAUGCAACGCUUGUACGGCAAAUGGGACGAGUCACAGCAAGGGGAAAUGACAUUACAACAACUGGUUCGGGGCCUCGCUCGAUUCAAAGGAACGACGGAUAUCAUGAAUUCCAUGAGUCUGUUUUUCGACUUGUUUGACGACGAGGGCACCGGCAAAGUCGACCGAGAGGGUAUUCUGCGCAUGUCCGAAUCUCUUCUGUUCCUGUCUCGACGUGGCUUUGAUGGGACCAUCACGCCCACGGACUCCGCCAACACCAUGACCUCGCCACUGUCUGCAACGGAGCAACAGAACGGUCUCAAGAUGAGCACAAACGAGAAAUUCCUCGGCAGUGUCAGCGCGUUCAUCAGGCGGUGUUUCGAGUAUGCUGAUCCUGACGAAGAAGUUGACGCCGGGAGUUCGAAGCCAGAAACUGCGGACGCCCAUCAACCCGCGGAAGAAGCGGAUUUGCUCGACCUGACAGAAACAAAGUCCAACACCAAGACCAUUGCCUCACCCCGAUUGACGGAGAAGGACCCUCUCUCCGAAACGACACCGCCACACACACCCUCUCUGUCUAUCGUCCCCGAUAACCGCAGAUCGUCGUCGGCACGGGCGGCCUCUCACAACCUCGCCCUCGACCCCAACAAACCUCUGCACAUCACCCUUCCUACCUUCCGCAUGGUUAUCCUGGCAGAUGAGCUCCUCGAGCAAUUCUUCGAAACUUUCUUCCCGCAGUCUUUCCGUCUAGCUGAUACCCCACCAGACGCAAGCAGCUUGUCUUUAGCCUCGUCCAGCAACACGCUUUCCGGGAACCUCACGACCUUCAGCAACUUGGGUACCCCAGUCAAGAACCUCCUUAACGGCGCCUCGACCAACAAGACUCUUCCCGAUGUCGGCCGCGCUGGUGGAGUUGUCGAACCAGGAUCACGAGGUCUCAGGGGCGUGCUCGACAAUAUCGUCAACGACGGUAUGCGCAUGGCCGCUGAGAUGCGGAAACGCAUGGACGACGCACAGCGUGAGUUCGAACGCAAUGCCCGUGAACAAGGCCAAAAGGCCUAUAGGGACGAAGACGACGAAGACGAAGAAUAUGAUGAGAAGGAUGUCGGAAUCGGCAAGAGAGACCAGGAGUUGCUUGAAGGGGCGGAGGUGGCCAGUAUCCGCACCGCAACCGGUGACAGUAGUCUCAGAAGCCGAGCCGAGAGUUCGGCGUCCAGGGAGAGCACUACGAGUGGGGUUGGCAGCGGCAGCGGCAGCAGCAACAGGCCCGGGGCCCUCAGUCGAAAGACCACAAGCAGUGGCAGGAGUAUGACUAUCUUGGAUGUGGACGUGGAUGAUUUGUCUUUGAACUCCAAUCCAAAUCCGAAAUGA